GAAAGAGAUGAUGUCAAAGACACGAGAAGAGGUCACUGCAGAAUUGAAGGCUGCUUCAUUAACUACCGAUAUCACUGAAAGGAGAAGGAUGCAGUCUGAUGCAUUAUCAGCUGUCUUUCAGACGUUCUUUCGUGUCCUAAAGCAUGCAUUAAGGCCUCGAUCAGAAGCAGGUUCUUCACCUCAGGCACCUGGAAGUCAUCCACUUCUUGCUCCUUGUCUUAAUGGAAUUGGGAAAUUUUGCCAACUCAUCGACUUAGAUUUCAUGUCCGAUCUUAUGAAUUAUCUGAGGAAGCUUGCUGGAAGUGGCAACAACUCUGGUGAUUCUUCCAUGGAUGGUUCAGCANGCUGA